CAUUCAUUGGUUUGCUUGCUUUUUGCAAAGUAACACAGAGGAAGAAGCUGUAGUUCGUAAUUAUCGCUCGCUCAAAGGAGUUUUGAAGCAGUUGUACUGAAAACUAAAACAAAGUUACAAAACGUCCCUUCAACAUUGAAGGAAGUUUCAACCAGCAGUGAAUUUAAGUGAUUUUUUUGGUCGGACAAACGGAGCUCCCCAGUCACAGCCCCGUGGUCAAUCAACGCCAAUCAAGGAUAUUCAUCUGCGAGCGAAUUAGACGAGCACGAGCCGCCCUCCCCCUUCAGCAAUUUCGCAAGUGUUGUUGUUUCUGAAAUAACAAGUGUGAAAGGCGCGUACUUUGCAAAACCGAAGGAAAACAAACGAGUCAGCUAGCGUUAAAAAAGUAGCAACUCGAAAGGAACAUUUCAGCGCGUUUUGAAAAUAAAAGAGGCAAAAAAGUGUUAAACAAAAAGUUUGAAGUGCUUCAUCUUCAAGAUCUUGUACCAGCAGCAACAAGUUUAAAUCAACACACAACACACAUACGCAAAAAUGAUUGCCGCUGCCCAGAAGAACCGCGAAAUGUUCGCCAUCAAGAAGUCGUACAGCAUUGAGAACGGAUACCCAUCCCGGCGCCGUUCUCUGGUUGACGACGCCCGUUUCGAGACCAUCGUCGUCAAGCAGACCAAGCAGACCGUUCUAGACGAGGCCCGAGUCAAGGCCAACGAUUCCGACAGUUUGGAAGUCCAACAGGUCCCAGACCAGCAUCCACAAGCAGUUGACGAUCUUCCGUACGAUCCGGAGGAGAUUGUAUCCAACGGCGCUCAGGACGAUGAAACCGACGCUGGCCUCACCGAGGAGGAGGUGGUACUCCAGAAUGCCGCUUCCGAGUCGCCCGAGGCCGAAAAGGAGGUGGUCCGUGCCGCGGUCGUGGUCCAUCUGCGCGACGGCAUGGGCUCCCUCGGACGUAUCCUGAAGGCGGUCGAGACGUUCCACGGUACCGUCGUGCACCUGGAGUCGCGCCAGUCGCGCUCCGACGGCGUCAUGUUCGACGUGCUGAUCAAGGUCGACAUGGCCCGCGCCAACCUGCUCCAGCUGAUCCGCUCCCUGCGGCAGACGGCCUCGUUCGGCAGUGUGGCCGUGCUGGCCGAGAACAACACCGUGAACGUGAAGGCGCCGUGGUUCCCGAAGCACGCCUCCGAGUUGGAUAACUGCAACCACCUGAUGACCAAGUACGAACCGGACCUGGACAUGAACCAUCCCGGAUUCGCCGACCAGGUGUACCGCGCUCGCCGAAAGGAGAUCGCCGAGAUCGCAUUCAGCUACAAGUACGGAGACCCCAUCCCGCACAUCAACUACACCGAAACCGAGAACAAGACCUGGUCGGCGGUGUUCGCCCGCGUCAAGGACCUGAUGCAGAAGCACGCCUGCUCCGAGUACGUGGCCGUGUUCCACAAGCUCGAGGAGGAGAAGAUCUUCGUGAACGGGCGCAUCCCGCAGCUGCAGGAGAUGAGCGACUUCCUGCGCAAGAACACCGGCUUCACGCUGCGACCGGCCGCCGGUCUGCUGACCGCCCGCGACUUCCUGGCCUCGCUCGCGUUCCGCAUCUUCCAGAGCACGCAGUACGUGCGACACAUCAACUCGCCCUACCACACCCCCGAACCCGAUUGCAUCCACGAGCUGCUGGGCCACAUGCCACUGCUGGCGGACCCGAGCUUUGCGCAGUUCUCGCAAGAAAUCGGAUUAGCCUCGCUGGGAGCGUCGGAUGAGGAAAUCGAAAAGCUAUCGACGGUCUACUGGUUCACCGUGGAGUUCGGCCUGUGCAAGGAGAACAACGAGGUCAAGGCUUACGGCGCCGGGCUGCUGUCGGCGUACGGCGAGCUGCUGCACGCCAUCAGCGACAAGCCCGAGCACCGCGCGUUCGAGCCGGCCAGCACGGCCGUCCAGCCCUACCAGGACCAGGAGUACCAGCCGAUCUACUACGUCGCCGAGAGCUUCGAGGACGCCAAGGAGAAGUUCCGGCGCUGGGUGUCGACCAUGUCGCGGCCGUUCGAGGUGCGCUUCAACCCCCACACCGAGCGCGUCGAGGUGCUCGACUCCGUCGACAAGCUCGACACCCUGGUGUCACAGCUCAACACCGAAAUCCUGCACCUGACGAACGCGAUCGCCAAGCUGCGACAACCGUUCUGCUAAGAAAAAAACAGAUAAAAAUGGAGAAGAGAUAGACGCGAAACCAACGACGAAGAAAAAACGACAAUAUUUCUCACCUCUAACAAACUAUUCCAACAACACAACCUUACGCGAUCAGCCAAAAACUGCAAACAGGACUACAACAGUAUUGCUACACCCCCUGGGACGCUAGGGGAGCGCACUCAUCCAUCAAGACCCCACCACCCAAUCGUGGCACACAGCUUUCGUUCAUAUUAUCCGGAGAAUAUGAACGCACCGUCGAAGCAGAACCGACCACCAUCCCUGUUGAACGGGGAUGUCUCGAAACACUUUCAGGCCCAACUUUUGGAAUUCGAUCAAAAUUUCGCGUUCUGAGUGUGUAAAUUUGUACUACCCAAAGCGAAGUUUCAACCAAGUUCCAACAAAACCGGGCCUCGCCCAACCCCCUUUCGGAACCUCGGAAGGUGUCUGUCUUCAAGCGCUACACUCCCCCCUCACCCUUGCUCACUGUUCCCUAUUUGUACACACAACAACCGCACGUAUCGUUCAUUGUAGGAGUAGGAAUAUUGUUUUAUACGAAAAGCCUAUCUUUUAUUUAAAGAGAUCGUAAUUUAAGUAUUAUUUACUAUUUAAAUUAGCGCGUAAUACCAUUUAAAUUAUUCCAUUUUUAAUUUUUUUUUCUGAGCUAGAACGUGUUGCAGCUUCUUCUCUUUUAUGUUUUUCUCCCCCUACAACGAAACAAUUGUCACCUACACAUACCUCACACGCACACACACACACACCUAGCCAAAACCUGCGCGAUCUUCCUGACUAGGGGGCCCGAAGGGGGACUCCGGUCCCAAGACCACGCCCGUCACAGCUACGGAAGAGUGACUGCUUCCUUUGACAAACCACCAUCCCGCGUGGUACCGCAAGCCGGACGCCCCUCCCCAAAAGGCCUCUCAAAAGGGCGGGUCACGCUGCAGGACGACAGUGUGCGCGUGCGAGGGCCACGUGUGUGUUUUAAAGAUCAAGCUGAAGAAAAAAAAAAGAAGAAACAAACAGCCAGCCUGCAACGAACAUUCCUCGACUGUCAUUAAUCUCAUGUUUGUUUUUUUUUAUUUUAUUUUUUUGUAAAGCAAAAUAUAUUGUAUUUAUAUUUAUAGCUAAGCACUCACACACAACUCCCAAAAAACACACACACACACAACAUCACGCAAAACAUGACAAAAGUGAAAAAAAUUUGCUACUAUACUAUCAGCUAAACAAAAAAACAGCAAACUAUCAGUAGGUGUCAAAAGCAAACAACUUGUAUGUAUCUAUCUAUUGUGAGCAAAAGAUAAGGAAGAGAAAAAAAACUUGAAAAACAAAAAACGUAUGUGUCUGCGAUAUUGUAUAAGAUUUUAAGAUGAGCGUUAUUUUAUCCUGACGAUUGAUUUUGUGUAAUAAGUGACAGCAAGUGAACAAAACGAAUGAUGUAAAGAAUCAAGAUUGAGUCAAAUAAUCAGUAGAAAAGAAAAAAAAAACAAAAACCAAA